AUGGCUCCUUAUGCUCGCCUAUUCACCGCCCUGGCACUUCUGUCCGUCAUUCGUGCCGACCUAGACAACCCUGCGAAGGUCGACCCAAUCAUUGUUGGUCCCCCAACUGAACCCAAUGCCACCACCACCCGAGAGUCCACCUCCGCCAGUACUCCCAGCCCGUCCGAUGCUCCCACUCCUAGCACUACACCAACAGAGACAACUACCGACACAACAACUACCGAGACGACCAGCCCAGGGUCAAGCGCCACCAACAGCUCGAACACUGCUCCUACCCGUCUCAGCAACUGGGCCGUUAAGAAGACGUACCAAGGCAAUGAUUUCUACAACGGCUUCGAAUUUGUGACAUUCGAUGACCCCACCAAGGGCCGCACCAACUACCUCGACCAGCAAACUGCCAAGAACCGUGGCCUGGCAUGGGUGAACAACGGACAGUUUGGCAUGGCUGUCGACUCGACAAACGUCGUCGACCCCAGUGCUCGUGGCCGCGACUCCGUCCGUAUUCAGAGUCACGACUACUUUGCCGGCGACAUGCUCGUCAUUGCCGACAUCGCCCACAUGCCAGAAGGCUGCUCCACCUGGCCCGCCUUCUGGACCAUUGGUACAGGCGAGUGGCCGUCUGGAGGGGAGAUUGACAUUAUCGAGGGGAACAACGACCUCAGUACCAACCUUAUCACUGUCCACACCGGCAAUGACGCUCAAUGCACGAUGCCCUGGAAGUCGGGUGAAGUUAACCCAGACCUCUACACCGCCACUCCCAAGGCGAGCACCUGUGACGGCGCUGCUGGCUGCAACUUUGUUUCGACCGACUCUGCGUCGUUUGGACCAGGAUUGAACGCGGCCGGCGGAGGGUAUUACAUCCUGCGACGCACCUCGGAGUACAUUGCGGCCUGGUUCUAUCCACGCACCGCGGAGGUCCCCGACAUCGUCUCGAACCCCGGCGACACCUUUGACGAGACCCAGCUAGGCACCAUGACCGCCUACUUCCCCAACACCAACUGCGACCUUGCCAACGACCUCACCGAGCAACAGCUCAUCUUCAACAUUGCCAUGUGUGGCGGUUGGGCGGAGAGUGGGUGGGCUGCCUCGCCUUGCAAGAGCCAGUGGGGAGACUGCUCCGACUACGUCAACAACCACCCAGAGGGCUUCAAGGAUGCCUAUUGGCUCAUCAACGGUGUCCGCGUCUACGGGACGAGCUGA